AUGAUGGAGCUAGCCCUCCUCUACCUGUUUGUCGUGUUGUGGCUAUACCGAUAUGUUCGCUUGAUUGUGAACUGUAUCUCCUCAUGGACCUUCCGACCAAUUCUUCCAUCGGAGAAGCCCAAGUAUGAAGGAAAGGAUGCCACUCUCGUCAUCCCAACAAUCGACGGCGAAGGGCCUGAAUUUGAAGAAACCCUGAGGCGCUGCUUAGAGACCGGGGUCAAAGAAAUCAUCAUUGUCACGGUCAAGAAACUCCAGCAACGCCUCGAGGAUGUAGCUUCCAAUGUUUGUCCAGAUCGCAUCCGUGUUUUUGCUAUUAGGAAAGCAAACAAACGCAAGCAGAUGGUCAAAGCUAUUCCAGAAGUCAAGACCCCAAUUCUCAUCUUCGCCGACGAUGACGUUCUUUGGCCUCGAACCUUCUUGCCAUGGAUCUUAGCACCUUUUGAAAAUCCUAAAAUUGGCGGUGUUGGAACUAGCCAACGCCUCAAGCGCACAGAAAACCGCACUUUUUGGACGAUCCUCGGUGCUUUCUACUUGGAGCGACGAAACUUCGAGUUCUCCGCAACAACUCAUAUGGAUGGCGGUGUUUCGUGUCUCAGCGGACGCACCGUUGCCUACCGUACCAAGAUUCUCCAGGAUAAAGCGUUCAUGGAUGGCUUCACCAACGAAUUGUGGCGUGAACAAUUCAGAUUGAAUACCGAUGAUGACAAUUUCCUCACUAGAUGGAUCGUUAACCAUGGCUGGGAUUCUUAUGAACAAUGUCAUGAUGAAUGUGAACUUCGCACUACCCUCUCUGACGACUCGAAGUUUUUGAAACAAUGUCUACGAUGGGCACGCAGCAACUGGCGUAGUAAUUAUACUAGCAUGUUCAAGGAAAAGCAUAUUUGGCAUCGUCAACCAUGGUGUUCUUACGCUCUUCAUAUGGCCACUUUCAACCCACCCGCUUUGAUAUCCGACUUUGGCCUUUUGUACCUUUUGUACAAGGCCACAGAGCAUGACGAAAUUCUUCGAACAAGCUGUAUCACUGCACAACUCAUUUGGCUUCUAUGCACCAAGGUUGUCAAGUUGCUGCCACAUUUCUGGCGCUAUCCGUCCGAUAUCCGCUAUCUCCCUAUUUCAAUUCUCUUUGGCUACUUUCAUGGUUUCAUCAAAUACUACGCCCUCUUCACUCUUAAUGAGACUGCUUGGGGAAGCCGUGAAGGUGUUGAUGAUGACGAAGACCAGGAGGAAGAACCCUUUGCUUACAACCGUAUCGACGGGUUCGAUGUUGAAAAUGGCAACUUGGACGAGAAAUUCCAACCUAGCGUGUUGUAG